GCAAGAAGGUCCGCUUGACGGGUCCUGAUGAGUCGGCCUCGACAUCGCUGCCAGAAUUCGAUCCCGUCGCAGCACAACUGGAGCAGGAAAAGAAUGCCGGGAUCACUGUUUUCGCAUCGCAAGCCGCUGGAUUCGGAGGCCUCGUGAAGAAGAGAUAUACGGAUUUCCUGGUCAACGAGAUUUCGACAUCUGGCACCGUAUACCACCUGGACGAAUUGACUGGACCCGCCAUCAAAGCUGUCAAGAAGGUCGAGAAGGAAGCCGAAGCUGAAGAGAAGGAAGCUCAGGCGGCAGAGAAAGAGAAGGCUCCUGAGGCGCCCAAGCCCGAGCCCGUGGCCGUGACGGAGGCCCCCGAGCAGGACAAUGCAGAGACGGCAAUCAAGGAGCGCAUGGAAGAAGCUCUUGCUUCGAUUGCCACUGCCGACAUGGACAUCCUCAAGAACAUCUUUGGCGAAAAGACGACAUCAGACAUCUGCAACCUCUACGCAAAGUCAAUCGCCCGCCCGGAACGCAAGACGAGAGACCAUGGCAGUCUGCAAUCAGAAGUUAUUGGAGACAAGCAGAUGCGUACCGAUGCGCACAUCAACGUCCGUCGCAUCUUUAGCGGAAGAGUCGACACCAUGACCAACGACGACAACACCAUUGCCAUCAAGAUUGCUGCUGCUGCCAACAACCACCCCAACGCUCGUGCUCUGCCUGGGUCAAAAGGAAAGAACAACCGUCCCAAGGGCAAGGUCGGCUGGGAUGAGCUUGGUGGUGAGCACCUACACUUCACUCUGUACAAGGAAAACAAGGAUACCAUGGAAGUCCUCUACUGGAUUGCCAGUCAGCUCAAGCUUCAUGUCAAGAACUUCCAAUUCGCUGGAACAAAGGACCGUAGAGGUGUCACUGUUCAGCGUGUAAGUGCCUACCGCAUUGCCGCAGACCGUCUCCAGGGUGUCAACCCUACCCUCAGACAAGCCAGACUUGGUGGUUUCAAGUACAUGCCGCAAGGUCUUGAUCUGGGUGACCUGUACGGAAACGAGUUCACCAUCACUCUCCGUGAAUGCACAUUCCCUGGCCAACAGGGAGAUGCAGCAGCUCAAUUCGAACUUGCAAAGAAGAUCGUUGGUGAUGCUGUCUCGCAGUUCCAAGAACGUGGUUUCAUCAACUACUACGGUCUUCAACGUUUCGGCACCUUCGCCAUCUCCACCGAUACUAUCGGCAGAAAGAUGUUGCGUGGUGACCUGGAGAGUGCAGUCGAGGAUAUCCUGUCUUUCAGCCCCGAAGCCCUGGCAGCCGCCGACAACCCCGAUCAAGCAUCAACCAAGAUUUCACACGACGAUAUUGCCCGUGCCGAAGCUCUACACAUUUGGAAGACAACCAAGAAGUCGGGUGCAGCUCUUGACAAAUUGCCUCGUCGUUUCCAGGCUGAGAACGCUCUGAUCAGACAUUUGGGUUGGGUAGACCGCAAGAGUGGUGACUUGCUACGCGCAAAGGAUUGGCAGGGUGCUCUUCAAAACAUUCCUCGCAACCUCCGUCUUAUGUACGUUCACGCCUACCAAUCGCUCGUUUGGAACACUGUUGCUGGUCGUCGUUACGAGCUCUACGGCAACAAAGUCGUCGCCGGUGACCUCGUCCUCGUCCACGAACACAAAGAUAAGGAAGCCUACAAGCAAGAAGACGAAGAGACCAUUGACGACGCAGGCGAAAUCAUCGUCCGUCCCGCCGCUCACGACACCGCUACCUCCCUCGAAGAUAAGUUUGAACGUGCCCGCGCCCUCACACCUGAAGAAGCGGCAAGCGGCAAAUACACAAUCUUCGACUUGGUCCUCCCUCUCCCUGGUUUCGACGUCAUGUACCCUUCCAACGAGCUGGGUGCCUUCUACACCGAAUACAUGGGCUCAGAAGUCGGCGGCAAACUCAACCCUCGCGACAUGCGCAGAAAGUGGAAGGACGUUUCUCUCUCAGGUUCAUACCGCAAGCUCAUGGCCAAGCCUCAAGGCCUAGAUUGGGAAGUCAAGCCAUACUUCCAGGACGACGAGCAACUCAUCCAAACCGACCUUGACAAACUCAUCGCCAAAGCAAAGGAAGAGGGUAACGCAGAUGCCCUAGGCGGCGCCGAAGCUCUCCUCGGCUCCGACAAGUCUCUCGAGAAAUCACUCGACGACAAGACACAAGAAGACACCAAAAUGGCCGAUGGCACCGAGGAGCAGCAAAAGCUGGCCGUCGUCAUCAAGAUGCAAUUGGGCAGCAGUCAAUACGCCACCAUGGCUUUGCGCGAAUUGACAAAGGGUGGAGUUACGGCAUUCAGACCUGAUUUCCAAGGUGGAAGAUUGAGCUAGAGAUAAAGUCAGCACUUCACCUUAGAUUAUGAUGAAUCAGAAAUCACACAUUCGAUGAUGAUGAUGAAACCCCACGAAACGAAAAUACCAAAUACAAUGGCCAAAGUGUUUGGAUUUGGCCCAUUGCUUUUCCCCGUAUCAGAGAAUUGUGAAAAUGUGCAAAGUGAUGGACAGGAUACCAUUACAUUCGUUUUUACUUCGUUAUCCCCCUCUUCUCACUUUGCUCCCCCCCCUUGCCCCUCCGUUGUAGCUACGAAAACCCCCACUUCCUCAACCAUCCC